AUGGCACAAAACAACAGCGUUUCCUCUCUGAGUGAAGAUCAUGUUCGCUAUGGUCUUGAUUUUUUUUUCUGUUUUUUCCCCAUCUAUGAUGUACAUUCAUUUUCAUAUCUCGGUUAUUCUUUGACAGUUUUUCUACUUUUCAUAUCGCUAUCAUUUUCUUUCUUUUCUUUUUCUUUAUUCAGUUCUUUUCCUACUGUUUCCAAUGACUUAUUUAUUUUCAUUUUAUCUUUUCUUUUUUUUUCUUCUCUAUUUUUCUUUUUCGUUUCCUUCCAUCCGUCGCAUGUUCAUUUCCGGUUCUUCUUGCCCCUUCCGGAGAUUUUCGCUUCCGACUAUCAUUCCGAACGUUUGUCUGGCCAGCCAUUCGGUCACUUUCCUAAUUAUGCCAACGGCAGUUUUAGCACAUUUUAUUCUCUCUAUCGUAUCUUCUUUCUUUCCUAUUCUUUUCUUCAAUAUGAUUAUCCUCUGUUACUCUAUUCUUAUAGCUUUCUUUUUUACAUCUCUCUUUUUGUAUAUAUCCCUCUUAUGUCACCAUUCCUUUCUCUUUUAUGUCUAGUUACGAUGUCUCUCUUAUCUAUCUCUCUCCUUCUUAUACCCCUUUUCCUGUCUAUUUAUACAGUUUUUUCUUCUGUUAUUAGAUUUUUCUUCCCUAUAUAUUUGUCUCCUCUCUUUAUCCCUCUUACUUCUAGAUUCUGCAUGUCCUUUUUUACCUUUACUCUUUUUUCUCUGACAUCUCUAUUUCUUUCUUCAUUUUUAUUUUUUCGCCAUUUUCUCUCCAUUGACCUAUGUAUUAUUUCCUACGACUAUACCCGCAGGCAUUGA